CCUGCCCCUCAGGGCCUCGGCAGACCCCGCUCCCCCUUUGUCACCGAACCACAAAGGUCCUGGGCGGCCCGGGGGAGGCGGCAGCUCCCUCCGCCCCCGCCGGCAAACUCGGUGGCAGGGAUCGGGGCAGGGUCGCGCACGGCCGGAGCGGGCCCGGAGCUGUUCCCGGAGGACCCCGCUGUGUGCCUGGCCGCCGCCGAGACCGCUGCCGCGCUUCCCCGCCCUUCUGUUGAGUCUUCAAGCCCAGGAGGUUCAGCAACAUCUGAUGACCAUGAAUUUGAUCCAUCAGCUGAUAUGCUGGUGCAUGACUUUGAUGAUGAACGGACAUUAGAAGAGGAGGAAAUGAUGGAAGGAGAAACAAACUUCAGUUCUGAAAUAGAGGAUCUUAACAGGGAAAGCGAUAUGCCAAUCCAGGAGCUCCUUAGCCGUUACGGGUAUGACGGUACCAUCCCACUCCAAGAAGAUGAUGAUGAUGAAGAUGAUGAAGAAGAGGAGGAGGAGGGAGAAGAUGAUGAUGAUGUAGAUAACGAUGACAACAGUGGCUGCAGUGGUGAAAACAAAGAGGAGACCAUCAAAGAUUCAUCAGGUCAGGAAGAUGAGACACAGUCAUCUAAUGACGACCCAGCACCAUCUGUUGCUUCUCAAGAUCCACAGGAGAUAAUUCGCCCUCGUCGCUGUAAAUAUUUUGAUACAAAUAGUGAAAUAGAAGAGGAAUCUGAAGAAGAUGAAGAUUAUAUUCCCUCAGAAGACUGGAAAAAGGAAAUCAUGGUGGGCUCAAUGUAUCAAGCUGAAAUUCCAGCUGGCACAUGCAAAUACAAAGAGAAUGAAAAAGUGUAUGAAAACGAUGACCAGCUGCUGUGGAACCCCGACUUCUUACCAGAAGACAAAGUGAUCGAGUUCCUCAAUGAAGCAUCGAGGAGGACGGGUGAUGAGAAAGGCCUAGAUGCAAUUCCUGAAGGCUCACAUAUUAAAGACAAUGAGCAGGCGCUGUAUGAACUAGUUAAGUGCAAUUUUGAUACUGAAGAAUCAUUGCGAAGGCUGAGAUUUAACGUAAAAGCAGCCAGAGAAGAACUAUCUGUUUGGACAGAAGAGGAAUGUAGGAACUUUGAACAAGGACUGAAAGUCUAUGGCAAGGAUUUUCAUGUGAUUCAGGCAAAUAAGGUACGAACAAGAUCAGUUGGUGAGUGUGUAGCAUUUUAUUACAUGUGGAAGAAAUCGGAGCGUUACGAUUUCUUUGCGCAGCAGACCCGCUUCGGCAAGAAGAAAUACAAUCUUCAUCCUGGUGUAACAGAUUAUAUGGACCGGCUGCUGGAUGAGAGCGAGAGCGCUGCUUCCAGCCGAGCUCCCUCCCCUCCUCCCACCACGUCCAACAGCAGCACCAGCCAGUCGGAGAGGGAGGACAGCACAACCAGCAGCAGCAAUCAGAACGGGGUGUCUGCUAAUGGGCCGGGCGAGAUACCAAAUAAAGACGAAGCAAAACCGGAAGGGUUGCACGUAAACGGACCUACCAGUGGCAAGAAAACACCUCACACGGAUCUGGAUACAAAUGGGUAUGAGACUGAAAACCUUUCCGUCGAUCCCAAACUUGCUCAUUCAGCUUCAAGGAACGAGAACGAUUACGAAGAGAAAAACGAAAGACCUCUCAAAAGAAGAAGAAUUAACAGCAACGGGAAAGAGAGUCCCGGCUCCUCAGAGUUCUUCCAAGAAGCAAACUCACACGGGAAGCCUGAAGAAGUAGAAACUUUGGAUGACUGAAUACUGAGAGCUGAUUUUAUUCCUUGGAGUAAUUUUGGGUGUCUAAAAUUUUCAGGGUUGAUGGGUUACCUUACAAAAUCCAGUUCCGUGAAACAAUCUGCUGAGAUUUUUUUUUUUUUUUUUUUUCCCUAAUACCUUCUAGUUGGCUCUUUUAAGAUCUGAUUAUUUGGGUUUGUUUUUUUUUUUUUUUUUCCAGUGCUGAAAAGCAGUAGGAGAGUAUAUUUCCAUUUCUCAGAGCUGGCGACUGUAGUUCUGGGAAUCGUGUCAGGCUUUUAAAAAGAUUUGAGGAACAAAUCAGUGAGUUUCUGCAAGAAAAAAAAUUAAUACUCCCAACCUAAUAGGUUAAAAAAAUUUUUACAGCAUUUUAAGAGUUGUAAGAGUGAACAAAGCAUCCUAUUUGAAGGCAGGGGCUGGUUCAAGUGUUGCAGGAGGUUAAAAAUGAAAUGGAGAAUGGCAGGCACAGAGAAACCGCCUCGGCCCGUCGCUAAGGAACCCUGAUGAAUCCUGAAAGUUAUGAGCACAACUAUUUUUAUAUAUAGAAGUUUUAAAAGGUAAAUAAACCAGGUCAGGUUUGUCUAUGUAAAAUUGUUGACAUCAAUGAUGUCUUUCCAUAUUCUUUAUCUGGGCUAAAGAAAUACAUUCUGUAUUUUUCCAGAUUUCUUUGUAGCCUUUGAAAGAUUUUUACAGUACUUAUGUCUUGAUUGAACUGUCCUUUCUUAAAACGAAAGCUUGUAUAAUUUUUCUUACCUUGUACAGUUGGUAAACUUUUAUGAGAGAAUUGAUAUCCUGAGUCUAACGUCGGCCUCGUUUUAUUUUGCUGAAGUUUUUUCUAAAAAAAAUGAAACCCAACAAAAAAAAAACCAAACAACCAACCCCAAACCAAAUCAGUUGACUUAAAAAAAAAUAUAAUUAUUAGUCACCAACGUUCUUUUCUUCUCUGAAAACAGCGAACAGUUACCAAGAAUGGUUAGAAGUAAUAUUUGAUUUUAAAAACAUGAGUUUUCUUCUGUUUUAGGGCAAAUAGUGAUGCUCGAAAUGUGUUAAGCACGAUGCUUGCGUUGCACAAUUUUUUUUCUCGCUUUCGUUAGGCAUUUUCUUAUUUUCUUUUGAGCUGGGCUAAAUCUCACAGCAGCCAAACGCUCCCCUUGACCAACCCGUGUUGGCCAGGAUCAGGUGAUGGAUUAACCAUGGAUUUCUUUUGCAGUUUUAGUGUCGUUUUCCACAUUUCCUCCAUCACAGAAAGGGGUGAUUCUGGGCAUCCCAAACGUGCAGCUGGAAACCUGCUGCCCGAGCUGGGAUUUCUGAAAAUGAGCAGAACUUGGAGGGAUGGGAGCAGAAAUACCACAUACACACGUAGAUACCUUCAGUACAUAGAAGUGAGAGGAGGUAUGGACAACUAUUUUAAGAUUAAAGUGCAAGAAAUGAAAAUUCUUUAUAAAUUUGUGUGAGGGGGUGAUGCUCACGGUCCCACUAGUGUCAUUUGGAUGUUGAAAGAUUUUUAAUACCCGUCUUAUUUUUUUUUUUUAAGCCACAGCGACACAUCUACUAUAUUAAAAAUAGGAAAAAAUUGUUCAUUUGUAUAAUUUAUAACCUUAUCUCCUCCUCCUGUGGCUCACAGGUGUGUCGUUCAUUUUUUUAAGCAGUUAUUUUUUUUUAAAAAAGUUUCUGAGUCUUCGCGAUUCCAAUUAUCAAUGGAAUUUAAAAGGUCCUAUGGUUAGAAAUUGAGGCAUCAACCUAAAAAAAAAAAAAACAACUGAAGGUUUUAUUUUUCUUCAUGUACUUGGACUUUAUGGUCAUUAAUGAGCCCCAUCCUCUUUGAGGAGUUACUGGAGUGUGUGAACCUGCUCUUCCCAGGUGAGAGGGACCCCUUCUAAGCUGCCCUCAGAAUUAGACAGCAAUUCACAGGGAGGUUUGUUAAUUAAUUGGUUAACGCAAGCCAUACGUUAAGUGAUGGCUGUUAAUUGUACCAUCUGGUUAAUUAGUGGAAACCCAAGGUAUGGCAGCCUUCUCUCAAGGCUGGGGACGGUUUCGGGCUGCGGGUGGUGCAAGAGCUUCUCCCAGUCUUUGCAGCUCAACUCCUAUUUUCACUUUUAUUUUCUGGUGCAUUUUUAUUUCCGAGUUGGAAAAUACUUCCAAAACUUUAUAGGAAAGUUUCUAAGUCAAUCGUCUCAGGCUUGUGUGUGAGAUACAGCACUGUGUAUAUUUUUUCAGGAAUGUUGCUUUGGGUUUUUUUAUCUGUUUUGUUUUUUUUUUUUUUUUUGGCUAUACAUAGAAGAGACCUGACAUUCCGUAAUCGACAACUAUGUAAUGCUCAGCUAGACUUUUAAGCCUAUUUAAUUAUAAUUUACGUUUUGUUUAUGCUGGUGUUUUAUACUUUGUUCAUGUUCUUCGAAAUGCAGCCACUAUAACGUGAUAAGUCAUUGCACUACUAAAGCUAUUUAAAAUUCUAGAAAUAGAGUAACUUUGAUUUCUUUUCAAGAGCUUUUGGUGCAGUUUGGAGCCAGGAAGCGGUUGAAGGUGGCUCCAAACUGGGUUGAAAAGAUUCACAAUUUGCAUGUGACACUUGGUGUGUUUUAUGGGGGGAGAAGAUUCACCCCAUUCUUUAAGACUGGGGCCUGAAGGGAGAAUCCAGUUCAACACAACAAACCUGGUAUUAAAAAAAAACAAAACAAAACAAAACAAGAAAACAACCAAAAAAACAGCUACACACACACAGAAUUUACAAAUUAGUUUUAUACAUUUUUUUUUUCCACACAUAGGAAUUUUGCACUGUUAGUAAUUCCCUUCUCUUACCCCCGCUCCCUGUCUGCAAUUCUGAAAAAAAAAAAAAAAGCUUAUUAAAAUAUUUUUUUAAAACCUA